AAACGAGUGGCAUCAGAAGGGAAGGAGAUGUGAAGGAAGCUGCAGGCGAGCAGGAGGGGAAGACAAGGAGGGGCCAGGAGCAGUCGCCUUGAACACAGAGGAGCGUCUGUUCACUGUUAAUACCGCUCUUGCUCAUCGCCCUGCACGAUGGAUAUAAUAUUUGGCAGAAAUAAGAAGGAACAACUGGAGCCUUUGAGGGCCAGAGUGACAGGCAGGAUUCCAGCAUGGCUGCAGGGGACCCUGCUCCGCAAUGGGCCUGGGAUGCACACGGUGGGCGGGACCAGAUACAACCACUGGUUCGACGGCCUGGCCUUGCUGCACAGCUUCACAGUCAGAGACGGUGAAGUCUAUUACAGGAGCAAAUACCUGAGAAGUGAUACCUACAAUGCCAAUAUUGAAGCGAACAGGAUUGUGGUGUCAGAAUUUGGAACAAUGGCCUAUCCGGACCCCUGCAAAAACAUAUUUUCCAAAGCUUUCUCCUACCUGUCCCACACCAUCCCUGAUUUCACAGACAACUGUCUGAUCAACAUCAUGAAGUGUGGAGAAGACUUCUAUGCAACCACGGAGACCAAUUACAUCAGGAAAAUCAACCCCCAGACCCUGGAAACCCUGGAGAAGGUUGAUUAUCGUAAACACGUGGCUGUAAAUCUGGCGACAUCACAUCCUCAUUAUGAUGACGCUGGAAAUGUUCUCAACAUUGGCACGUCCAUCGUGGACAAGGGGAAGACAAAAUAUGUGAUCUUUAAGAUCCCUGCCACAGUAUCAGAGGGCGGGAAGAAGGGGCUGAGCCCCCUGAAACACAUGGAGGUGUUCUGCUCCAUCGCCUCCCGCGCGCUCCUCUCCCCGAGCUAUUACCACAGCUUCGGAGUCACCGAGAGCUACAUCGUUUUCCUCGAGCAGCCUUUCAGGAUGGAUAUCCUCAAGAUGGCAACCGCCUACAUCCGGGGCGUGAGCUGGGCUUCCUGCCUGGCUUUCCACAGGGAGGACAAGACUUACAUUCACAUCAUUGACCAAAGGACGAGGAAGCCCGUGCUGACCAAAUUUUACACGGACCCCAUGGUGGUGUUUCAUCACGUCAACGCCUACGAAGAGGACGGCUGCCUUCUGUUCGACGUCAUUGCCUACGAGGACAGCAGCCUUUACCAGCUCUUCUACUUGGCCAACCUGAAUAAGGACUUCGAGGAGAACUCCAGGCUCACCUCCGUCCCAGCCCUCAAGAGGUUCGCAGUGCCUCUCCGCGUGGACAAGAAUGCAGAGGCGGGCUCCAAUUUAAUCAAACUGUCAUCUACAACAGCAAGAGCCCUGAAGGAAAAAGAGGACCAAGUCUACUGCCAGCCGGAGUUGCUUUAUGAAGGCUUAGAGCUGCCUCGGAUCAAUUACGCUCACAACGGGAAGCGAUACCGCUAUGUCUUUGCUGCUGAAGUCCAGUGGAGCCCCAUCCCAACCAAGAUAAUAAAAUACGACAUUCUCACGAAGUCGUCCUUGAAGUGGGGAGAGGCGCACUGCUGGCCGGCGGAGCCGGUGUUCGUGCCCACACCGGGUGCCGAGGACGAGGAUCACGGGAUUAUCUUAUCAGCCAUUGUCUCUACCGAUCCCCAGAAGCUGCCUUUUCUGCUGGUUCUGGAUGCCAAAACUUUUACAGAAUUGGCUCGUGCCUCCGUUGAUGUAGAGAUGCACCUGGAUCUCCACGGGCUGUUCAUCCCGGGUGCCGACUGGGGUGCAGGGAGGCAGGCCCCUUCCCGGGAGGAGCGGGACGGGGCUGCUGAGCGCCGUGUGGCCCCGAGGACCUGACUGGGUGGGGGCCUGGGCCCUGGAGAACGGCUCUACCAGACUCAAGGGCGGUCCCUCCCUGGG